AUGGCGAUCCGCGAGAGGGCCAAGGCCCUGUUCAAGGCCCGCUCCAAGCAUACGGAUCGGGAUUCCACCCUGUCCAAAUCUUCCACCCAAAACUCAGAUCGCGAACGUUGGCCGAGCAAUGUCUACAAGCCAGGCGAACCCAUGCCGCGUCCCAAAUACCGUGCCACGCCCAAGAAGGAACACAAGGAGAAGUUGGAAGCCUUCUCUUUCGCGGAAGCGUGGAGAAGGCGGAGCUUCCAGAGCCAGCAUUCACCCAUGGGCACACGGGCGCCGAGUAGGAGGAAUAGCCGGGAGCAUGCGAGCCGACGGAGCAGUUGGCUCAGCAUGACUGCGCGCAAGAGCAUCAGCGGAAAGAGCGAGAGUCGAUCGAACAGCGUCACGAGCGGAGAGACGGACAAGAGCAACGUGCGGUAUCGAGAACACAUGGGCGCAGCACGCCCGACGGCACUCUCCGGGCAGCCGGAACACGAAGGCGAUGAUGACGUGGGCAAUGGUGAGGAUUCCUCCAUUCCCAGCAGCUCCCUGGCAUCGUAGCAAGCGAUUGCUAACGACCACAGUCGGCGUCUCACGAGUGCAAUCCAAAGACCACGGCCCGCUCUCCCGAGCACGCACGGCUGAGGAGCCCACGAACGGCCAGUCUCCGCCGCCUCCGAAGCUGGAAUUCAAUACACAGAUGCAAGCGCUCUCGCAGACGAUGAGUACCGCGCAUGAUCACCAGCUGUUCACGGAACAGGAUCUCGCACUUGCGCUGAAGCGGUCGCAUCUGGCUGUGCCCGCACAAGGAUAG